ACGAAUAUAAUUCCGAAGGACGCCCGGUUCAAAGGCGAUCUGCUGCAUUCAAUGCACCAUCACGGUUAUCUCGAUAACCGAAAAAUCCCAUAGGACAAUGUAUAAAUUUUGGGCGCGUUCUUCGCGUCGUAGUACGUAGAAACCCGUUGAUCGAAAGAGCCCAUGUCGAAGGCCACACCAUGUUGUAAUUAACAUUAACAUUUCGGUUUGUUUACUCGUCUAGCGCACCACCGGACAGAAACAGUGUUGAUUCGUCAUUAGAGUUGUUUACGUUGCGACAGCAAGAACGAAUAAUUUUUCCAGAAUGUUAUCAAAAUUUCGUGGUGUUUCAAGUUUGCUUGAAAAAAUAAACGACGUUGUAAAACCACAAGAAAUCACAAAAAGGGUAAUCAGCACGAAAGAAAUCAUAGAUAGGGAAUCCAAAUACGCCGCACACAACUACCACCCCCUGCCAGUAGCGCUGACCAAAGGAGAAGGUGUAUUCGUGUGGGAUGUGGAAGGAAAGCGAUAUUUUGAUUACCUCAGUGGAUAUUCGGCAAAUAACUUCGGACAUUGCCAUCCAAAAAUUGUUCAGGCCCUUCAACAACAAAGUGGCGUCUUACAUCACACAUCGAGAGCAUUUUACAGCGACGCUCUCGGAGAGUACGCUGAAGUGAUUACCAAACUAUUCGGAUAUGAUAAAGUUUUACCAAUGAAUACAGGAGUGGAAGCUGAUGAUACUGCCUGCAAAAUUGCAAGAAAAUGGGGUUACAGAGUUAAAAAGAUCCCAAAGGACGAAGCUAAAAUCAUAUUCUGCAGCGAUAACUUCUGGGGACGUUCUCUAGCUGCCGUUUCGGCUUCAACCGAUCCAACCAGUUUCGAAGGAUAUGGUCCCUUCAUGCCGGGUUUUAGUUGUGUUCCCUAUAACGAUCUUAAAGCUCUGGAGAAAGCUCUUCAAGACCCAUUAGUGUGUGGUUUUAUGGUGGAACCUAUUCAGGGUGAAGCAGGAAUUAAAGUUCCAGACGACGGAUACUUAAAAGGUGUCAGAGAACUGUGUAGUAAAUAUAACGUGCUGUGGAUCGCAGACGAAAUACAAACCGGUCUGGGACGCACCGGCAAGAGAAUUGCCGUGGACUACGAAGGCGUUAAACCUGACAUUCUAGUCUUAGGAAAAGCUUUAGGAGGUGGAGUGUAUCCUGUAUCAGCUUGCCUGGCAAACGACCCGAUUAUGUUAGUUAUUGAACCGGGAACUCAUGGUUCGACAUUUGGUGGUAAUCCAUUGGGAUCUAAAGUAGCAAUCGCUGCUUUAGAAGUACUUGAAACCGAAAAUGUUGCCGAAAAUGCUUUUAAAUUGGGAGAAAUUUUCAGGAGAACACUUAGACAGAAAUUAGACAAGAAUAUAGUCAUAGAAGUUAGGGGGAAAGGUCUUCUUAACGCAAUAGUCAUUAACAGAAAUUUUGCUGAUGCAUGGGAUGUGUGUUUGAUGAUGAAAGAAAACGGAUUGAUUGCAAAGCAUACUCAUGAAGACAUUAUUAGAUUUGCUCCACCUUUAAUUAUUAACGAAGAACAACUCAAGGAAUCUUUGGCUAUUAUUGUUAAAACUAUUAACAGUAUUGAAACAGGCAAACAAUAAAACUGAAUAUACUUUAUUAGGUUUUUUAAAAUGUAAAUUAUAAUUUUUUUUAUUAAUAAAUCUUUUUUGACGUA